GCGGCGGACAUCUUUCUUUGCCUUUUGGCAGGGCCGAGUGUGCAGAGCUUGGCGGGCCCCGUUUGGGCUCCGCGGUGGCGGGAGGGGCCCCGGCCCCGCGGGGAAGAGCCUGGGCGGCGGGGGCGCCCGCGGAGACACGGGUCCGGGCCGGGCCCUCACGGACCGUGACGGCGAGGGCCGCAGCGGUGAGAUCCUUGGUGGCUGCUGGAUUACAACAGGAGAAAGCGCUCUGAUCUCACUGGGAGGUAAUGACUGGCCAUGGCAGGAGGGGCUUGGACCGGCCCAGGGUGCUGCCUUGGGGUGAAGGAUGAAGAGGCGUCUUCUGAGCAGAGCAUUUCUGUGCACGUGUCACGUGUGCGUCCUGCCGCGGGAGGUUCCCCGGCCCAGAUGGCUCACCCGUGUGACACGUGUGGCCCCGUCUUGAAGGAUGUCUUGCAUCCGGAUGCCCACCAGGAAGCCCAUCGCGGACUAAACCCACACCCCUGUGAGGCCUGUGGGAGGCAGUUCGCACGCAGGCCAGGCUUUGACCAGCGCCAGGAGCAGCACAGCGCAGAGACGCCCGUGAGGAGGGGCACAGAGGCCAGGCUUGUGAGGAACGGUGGCGUCUGUGAAGGACCUCACCCCCCAGGGACGCCCUGUGUGUGCAAGGGGGGACGGGAGAGCCACCAGCCAAAGGCCGCCCCCCGCAGGAGGAAGGCCAGGAGCAGCGAGAGCGGGGCGGCCUGCCACCCGGGACACACGCGUUACAGAUGCAGCGAGUGCGGGAAGGCCUUCGGCCGCAGGGACACGCUGGUGCAGCACGAGAAAAUCCACUCCGGGGAGAGGCCCUUCGCGUGCGGCGAGUGCGGGAAGGCCUUCGGCCGCAGGGCCACGCUCCUGCAGCACCAGAGAACGCACUCCGGGGAGAGGCCCUUCGCGUGCGGCGAGUGCGGGAAGGCCUUCGGCCGCAGGGACAACCUCACGCAGCACAAAAGGACUCACACCGGAGAGAUGCCUUACAAGUGUGGCGAGUGUGGCAAGUGCUUCAGCCAUCACUCCAACUUAAUCGUGCACCAGAGGGUGCACAACGGGGCGAGGCCUUACAAGUGCAGCGACUGCGGGAAGGUGUUCCGACACAAGUCCACGCUGGUUCAGCACGAGAGCAUCCACACCGGAGAAAGCCCUUACGCCUGCCGUGAUUGUGGGAAGUCCUUUGGCCACAGGUACACCCUCGUCAAACACCGGAGAAUUCACACCGCGAGCAGGCCCUUCGAAUGCACUGAGUGCGGGAAAUUCUUUAGCCGGAGCUCUGACUUCAUCGCACACCAGAGAGUUCACACGGGUGAGAGGCCUUUUGUGUGCAGCAGGUGCGGGAAAGAUUUCAUAAGGACCUCCCACCUGGUUCGGCACCAGAGAGUUCACACCGGAGAAAGGCCCUAUGAGUGCAGCGAGUGCGGGAAGGCCUACAGCUUGAGCUCCCACCUCGUUCGGCACCAGAAGAUCCACACGGCAGGAAGGCUGUAGGAGUGCUUUCCACACGGACUCACAUGGAGAGGAAGACAUCAGUCAGAUGUUGAACUUCGUAUAUGUGAACAUUAACACUGGGGAGACACCUUGUUAGGGCAGUUAGGGGUGAUCAGGCUGGCAGGGGUGGGGGGCAGUUAGGCACAGCAGACCAGCAGCAGAGGCGGUUAGGGGCAAUCAGGCAGGCCAGUGGUUAGGAACCAGGGGUCUCGGAUUGGAGAGGGU